AUGGGCGCCUGGAGAACUUGGCCGGGUGCCGCUGAACACCUGCGGAUUGUAGACUUCUGCUUGACCUUCGCGCUUUUAUGUCGUUCGUUCGUCUCUUCGCUACCAGCACGAUGUCGACCGGUCUCGCUCCCGCCGCGGAUUUCGCCGCCCUCGCAGCCAAGGGUCCGCGAGGUCUUCGCAAAGAUGGUCCGAGACGUCAGGGCCAAGGGGGGGGUGUACGUGCCCCCCCACAACGUCAGAAAGCCCGAGAAGGGCUACAAUCCGGUCCUGUUCGACGGCGACACGACGUUUUUGGGCACAAACGUCAAGCGGUUGUUCAACGCCGUCGGCGCCCCCCUUGAGGGCUACGAGGGCGUGGCCCUGUACAACCAACCCGAGCAGCCGGGGAAGCCAGAGCCCCCCCACGGCCAGGUACACCGCGAGCACUGGAGCGACCUCAUGGCGGUCAGCUGCUCGUGCGUCCUGGACAAGGGCAUGCAGAGUCCGGCCCGCGUUGGCGGCAUGGCCAACCUUGUGGAAAUCUUCCGCCUCAAUAUCGUCAAUCCCGUGACGGAAGGCCUGAUUUCGACCAUCGGGUCGAAGUCAGUUCGGCCGAACGAUGAUGAGGCCCCGCUGACCUUCGGUGAGGACGACGACGAGUUCUUUGCGCUCCUGGGAACCGACAACGGCAGAGGGGUAGCCCGGAUGCUGGGGACGUACCCCCUGAUGUUUGGCUGCAAAGUCAUCCAGAAGGUGUUGGUCGGCCCCUGGUCCCAACCUCCCAACAUCUGUUGGGCGGUGGGCGAGCUGAAGGGCGUCCCGAAGCCUUCGCCUCACCCGCUGAGCCACAAGGCGGCGAGGAAGGAGCGGCAGCAGCAGAAGCGAGCCGACAAGGAGGACAGGCCGUCGAAGGGGUGA